AUGAACCCCAAUAGUCAAUCGCAGCGCAUCCAAUACUGUCGCGACAUUCCCGUCUCUCGAAUUGUUCUCGCCCUUGACGCCUUACACCUGUCACCCAGCUACACUCGACGCGCGGUCGCACCCAAGAUGAUUACCGACAGCCAACUUUACUCGCUCGCCAUCUUCCUCGGAAGCGCUGCCAUGCUGCUCAUCGUUCUGUACCAUUUUCUCGAGGUCAAUUCCGACGAUCACAAAGUUGAGGAGAAGCCCAAGGCCGCAGCAGGCAAGGUCAAGGCAUGA